GAGAGAGAGAGAGAGAGAAGCAGCAGCAGCAGCAGCGCGCGGACACGGCACAGGUGAACGCACGAGCCUCAACGUCCGCAGCAGGAAAAAACGGCGAAGAAGAAGAAGAAGAAGCGCGAGGAGGAUUUCAGAGAAAACACCGCGGUUUGUUCCUGUGGGUUUUGUUUUUAACCCCGCGCGGGUCGGUUCCUCCCCGGUGCCUCCCUCCUUCCUCCCUCCUCCUCCUCCUCCACCUCUUCCUCCUCUCUCUCUGCCGCCGGUGUCGAUCUAUCAGCGGCUGAUCAGCGAUCAGAUCCUCUCCGGCUCGACGCUUGUUGACUACAGCUGAUCCAGGAAGGAAGGAAGGAGGCAAGGAAAGGAAAGGAAGUGGACAAGUGGAUUUUCAGACGGGGACCACCUCAGAGAACCGCACCGGGAGAUGGAGGGCAAAGAGAAGGCACCGGCAGAGCCGCAGCUGAAGGGCAUCGUGACGCGUCUCUUCAGUGAGCAGGGUUUCUUCCUGCAGAUGCAGCCUGAUGGAAACAUCAGUGGAAACAAGGACGAGAACAGCGACUACACUCUGUUUAACCUGAUCCCAGUGGGUUUGAGGGUUGUGGCCAUUCAGGGAGUGAAGGCUGGACUCUACGUGGCCAUGAACGCAGAGGGAUUCCUCUACACAUCAGAUGUGUUCACAUCAGAGUGUAAGUUCAAGGAGUCUGUGUUUGAGAACUACUACGUCAUCUACUCGUCCACGCUGUACCGGCAGCACGAGUCGGGCCGGGCCUGGUUCCUGGGCCUCAACAAGGACGGAGUCAUCAUGAAGGGAAACCGAGUGAAGAAAACCAAACCCUGCUCACACUUCGUCCCCAGACCCAUCGAAGUCUGUAUGUAUAAGGAGCCGUCGCUGCACGAGCUCGAGGAGAAGCUGUUGAAGUCCUCGCGGAGCCCGACGCUGAACAGCGAGGGGCGCCGGGCGAGGAUCCUGGAGGGUCAGGAGCAGCAGCCGGAGGACUCCACAGAGCGGGACGGGUCAUAGCCUGCAGCGCCCCCCGCAGGAGGAGGAGGAGGAGGCGGAGGAGGAGGCGAACUCCCAUUUUAACACUCCCUCUGUUCAGCAACAACAGCAACUACAACCACACCAACUACAACAACAACCGCCACGAUGACGACAACGACGGCGACGACAACAAAGAAAAAAAGAAGCUAAAAAAAAAAAAAAAAACGGGGAUAAAAAUCUUCUUCUUGCUCGUGAUGAAAUAUUUUAAAUCUAACGGGGGAGGGGCUCGUUUGGAGAAAAAUCAGGACGUUGAUGAUGAUGAUUUACAUUUUAUGCAAAAAGCCCUGCUGAAAUGGCGCCGGGAUGCUAGCACACCUACUCUUCAUCAUCGCCACAUCGUAAUCAUCAUCAUCACCACGAUCAAUGUUUCUGAGUCGAGCGAGCGCUGAGAACUCCAAAGCUUUAAGCCAUGUAGAAACUUCACUUCCUUUCAUUUCUUAAUGAAUGCAAAAACUUUCGCACUUUCGACACAUCGCGCUUCUUCUUCUUCUUCUUCUUCUUCUUCUUCUUCUUCUUCGUGUUGUUCUGUCCAAUCAGAGAGAAGAGUUUCUGUUCUGUCAGCUGCCACAUCCUGUUCUGUUUCUCUUGUUUUGUUUUGUCGGGUUGGGGGAGUAGAGCGUUUUGUUGAAGACACUGCCGACAUAAAGAGUCAGAAGGGCACGAAUCCUGAGAGACUUCCUGUUGUGGUUCCUGUUCUGGAGGUCGGUCAGGUGAUCUGGAUCAUGUCUGACAGGUUCUGUCUCUUGUGUUUCAGUCUUUUAUUAUAAAUCACACUCCUGCCGAUCCUUCUACCAAACCUCCGUCAUCAGUUCUCACUGUAAUUUCCUUCCCAGCAGCAGCUGGUGCAGGUUUGCUGCAUUUAUGUAAAUCUAGAAAAUUACACAUCACGUCAUGUGCAGAGGUCUGGGCUACGUUUAUCAGGAGGAACUCAGUGACUCAGUCUCUUUAAACUCCUCAUAAACCAACAAAACAUUUAACACCAGUUCAGUGAAUCGUAGUUUAUCAGCCCUUCCCCUGAUAACCCUGAGUUAAAAUCAGAGUCUCCAUCGCUCAGGCCACAGACAGACAGAGAAUAGGGCAGCAUGUAGCCUGAGAGACAAAACCCAGGGCAAGAUUCACAUGGUUUUUCAUGACACUUGUUAGAGACGUUACUGAGUGAACUGAAGCUUCACAAGAGGAAAUGACGAAGUCAGAUCCAUCACCUGAACGUCUCAGUAUCGUUACAGAGUCAAAACCUAAAAGAUAAACGGUGAGAAAUGUCGGACGCUGUGAAAAAGAUCUCAUGAAUUUGAUCGUCUCUUUGUUGCCUCUGUUGUCCAAGGGUCCUUGAACGCACCAGUUAGGACAGUCUGUAGACACAGUGAUGGUUUCUCCUGACUCUCAGAGGAAAUCCACCUGAGAACUGAUGAUGAUUUGGAAACUGAUCGGCAGGACUGUGAAGUACACACCGUCUCCGUGCUGCGUUCAGGGUCUGAUCAGAUGUUAAAAAGAAGCUUAGUGUUUCACAGUGUUGAGAAGUUGCAGGCAGGAAUGUUGCAUGAUGUCUUUCCAAAAAAAAAAAAGAAGCAGCGUAGCGACGGCCCCGCAGCCGUUUGGGGGAUUUAAAUGAUUGAUGGAGACACUAACAGCUGUGUUGUGUAACUCUGAUCCGGUCUGAACAGGUCUGAACCGAGGGACGAGUCGACUCGGUUACCUGCCCCCGUCCAGGUCGGUGAAACCUCAGCGUGACGUGAUACGAUACGACAGUCUGAGGAUGACACAGCAUGAAUCCAAACACCCGAACACACACUUCUCCUUUAACCUCUGAACACAACACGUCAACAACGCGUUAAAAUACAACGUUUUACAAACAGAAACAUGUUUGGAAACGACAGCCAAUCACGUGACAGAGGCGGGGCUUAUGUUUCGAUCACCUGGUGAUGUCAUCAGCUGUCCCCGUCCAAUCAGUAUUACAGCUUCAUGAUUGAUCUGUAUUAUUAACAGCUGAUUAUUGAUACUUUUUGGAGGUUUGAAGGUCAAGUCUUUGCACCAGUAGCAUGUCAUGGAUGUCGCAGCUGAUUAUUAGUUAUUGAUUGAUCACUGAUCGGCACCUGGAUUCACACACAGGUAUUUUUUCUGUUAAUGAGUUAAAUAAUGAGAUGUUUUUCUUGCUCAGACAGGUGAGGUGGACCAGGUGAAUGUUGUACAUACAUGUUAAUCCAAAUCCGUUCAGACUGCCGUGGACCUCCUGAUCAUGGUGCAUUCGAAUAACCUGGGAAUUCUCUGCGUCUAAGCUGCCGCAGGAUGCACAGCUGGAGAAAAUGGUGGAAAUUAGUUAAAGUGGGCCUGUCCUGUAACCCUGUGGGGCGAGGUCACUGCUGAGAAAUAUGGAAGAUUAUUAACGACCAAAAAAAAAAAGCAAAAACAAAAACAAACAUUUGAUUUCAAGAGAAAACCGACAGUUUCUCACAUGAAGUCAUCAAAACACCACCUACAUUAUUCAAAUGCUGUGUCACUGCAGAGGGUUUGUGGGUAAUGAAGUGCUGAAGUUAUACAGCAUGCAGCGCAGCCUCAUGCAGCUUUAAUCCACACAUGUAGAGGAACAGAUAUUUAACUGACGCUGAUUCUCUCAUUCACAUCAGAAGGACUGAAGUGAUUCGGUCAGGUCCGACGUUACCGUCCUCAGCUCCUGGUCUCAUGAUGCGUUCAGGUGUCGGCUGAUGGUAGGAUCUGGUAACACGUUUUAACACUGCCCUGCUUCGUUUAGACGAAAAGCACUGCCCUGAAAACUGAAAGCUGUAUUACUCUGACCUCAUCUGAGCUUCAUGAACACAACAUCUGAAACAAAAAACUGAGAUUCGUCCAAACUUUUGGACGAAAAUUUGGCUAAAGUUACGACUUCUUUAACUCCCAAAAAUCAAACGUUAAACCAACAUGAAUCGAGAAACGAGACCAACAGGAAGUUUCACUGACAUGUUGUUGGUUGUUUAACAUUUUAAUCUUCAGUAUAAAAUUAACUUUUUGUUUUUCAGAGUGUAAAUUUCAGACGUUCAGAUCGAGUCGCUGCACUGCCCUGUCCGACCUUUAUCACAUUUCUUCUUCUCUGACUCAGACCUUUACUCCUUCUCUGACGUUACCGACCACGUUUCCCAAAAACAUCGAGUCAAUGUCCAUUUCCUGUUACUCAGAGUUACACAGUCCUUCAAAAUAAUAAUAAUAAUAAUAAUAAUAAUCUUUGUUUCCUUCUCUAGAAGUUUAAUCACUGCCUUUGUUUUUCUCAACAGGAGAAAAUGUGCUUGAAAUAUUUUACAUUGUAAGAAAGGGGCAGGAUGUGGGAAUAUGAGUUUUCCCUCAGGACUUAAAAAUCUCUGGACGUUUCUUUUAACAUUCUGGUUCAUGAUAUUACUGCGAUAAUCAUAAAGAUAUAUUUUAAACUCUUAGAAUAAGUUGAACUGUUCCUUACAGGCUGUGGCCAAAUUAAUGUUACAAUAACGUUAAAGAAGAAACUGUAGUAAAUUGCGAUCAGUUCAUCAGAGAUCGCAGCAGAGCUAUUUGCUGUUUAACCACAGAGCUAACAUUACUUACGUUAGCUAAAUUCACUGGCGACCAAAAACAGCAUCAUAACAAACAUUUAGAUAAACGUCAGCGUUAGUAUAACUGAACCAACGCUCUGUACGUUCAGUAACAGUAAUGUUAGUUAUUUUUAUCUGGAGUUCAGUGAACAGAGCUGGAUGGUUGUCAUGGAGAUGGGAGCUGUUGGCUAGACAGAUUAUUUAAAGUCACUCCUAAGAAUAUUAACGAUUAUCCCGAUGAUGGAAAUUCAUUAAUUUGAGUUUUUUAUUGCGAUGGGCCAUAAGAUCGUAUAUUGUUCCAUCGCUAAUUCCUUAUUUAUGACACAGAAACAAUCAAUUACAGAUUUCUUGAACCAUGAAAGUAAUUUCAGUCAUGAACUUAUUUUUUUUUAAAUUGGUGACAUAAAAAGAAGUUGAAUGAUCUCACUACAGUUAGCUGUAAAACCACUUAUAUUAAUUAAUAAUAAAAUUAAUAAUCUUAUUUCAGCGCAGAGUAAAUUUUUUUUUCUGGAGUUUAGCUAAGGAACUUGCGACCUCUAUUAUUUUUUUAAAUUAUUAUUUUUGAACGUCAAUGUGUUUUUUUCUGCAGGAAUCAAUCAGUUGUUUGAACGCAGCAGAGAUUAAACUCAUGCUAAGAUCAUUUUUGGGAAACUGCGUCACCUCCCAUCAGUCGACACAGGAAACGUCCACAGUGACAGACGUGAAAGAGUUUGUCGUGUUUUAGAGACUAAAAAUAAUUAUUUGCAUGUGGAGAAAAAAAAAAAUCAGAGACGUCAUUUCACCCGACAGCUGAACUGUGAUGCAUGCUCUGUUAGCAAACACGCUGCUGUUUCUGCCGCCAUUUUGUUAAAGUGACAAAGCGAGGAGGGGAGAGGCUGAGAGGCGGGAUCAGGGUGGGUGGGGUUGUAGAAGUCGACUCUCAUUGGCUGCAACAACCCAGGUUUUCUUUUCUUUCUUCUUGAAUUUUGUAUUUUGUUGGUUAAAAGUGGACGGAUGGAUAAAUGGACGGAUGGACUGAUGGAGGGAAAGGAACGAACCAAUCACAAUCCACCUCACUGCCUCUGAGAAAGUCUUCCAGUUCGGGAUUUUGGGGUCAGACCACAGGGAUUGUAGAGACCAACAGAAACCCGCCAACAGUGUUUUACUGUUUUCUGGCUCAAAGGGGACGUUAAUGUUUCUGACGAGUGAAUACUCUCCUGUUCAUGUUUCUGUACGAUUCAACACAACCAAACCUCUCGACAGGAAUGUUGUGUCUUUUCUAUCUCAUCUGUUUCUAGAGCUGCUUCAGUUCUGAGAGGAGGACGUAGAACCAGAACAGACAGAACAGAAACAUCUUUUAAACUAAGUGUUCAGCCUCGCUGCCUUCAGGUCACGUCACAGUGUAUUAAUCAUGUCAAAAUAAAAGUGUUUUACAAGUUCAAGCACCUCAGUAUGGAAGAAUAAUAGUGCCAAAAUGGCUGCUGCUGAUGAAAAAUGGCUUCUUAUUAUAUUUCUUUAGUUUUUUAUUUAUCUAUCGGCUCUUUUUUUAUCACUACAAAUGCCAACUUAAAAAAACGAUGAUGAAAAAAUGAUGAAACAAAAUUUAAAAUAUAGAAAAAAAAAUGAAAUUGUAGAAAAUGAUUUUUAAAAUCUACAUGUUUUUUGGGAGUAAGUUUAAAAAAUCAUUUUAAGAUGAUUUUCCAAAUUCAGAAUGGAUGAAACACACAUUAAAAGAUAAUAAACAGCUGUAUAUAAAAGCUUUUAUCAUCGCUUGUUAAACAAAAAACCUAAAAUCAUCUUUGGAUGUAGAAAGUAUUUGAGAACAUCUAAAAGUUUUAUUGUGUCGUUACUAAUAUGUGUGUUUGCACGUGCAAGUUUUCAGCUUUAAAUCUGUCAUCAGAUUUUCUCAGUUUAUUUUUGGUGUUUUCUUUGUGUAACUUCACUGUCAAUGAACAGAGUCCGAGCACAGAGUUUAUUCAGGCGUUCUUUAAUCUUAUCUACAGGUUUACAGUUUAUUUAAUCUCACCCGACGCUGCGUUCAAGUCCUGUGGGACAGAGCAUGAAUGGAAGAUUACCAGGACCACAUGAAUGUUGACUUAUUGGUCAGAAAAUGGGAAUUACAGAAGUGUCUGCAUGACAUGAAUGCAGCAUGAUUAAGAGGAAAAAGUGCCAACAAAAAAAUUACAGUAAAUGUGUCAUCACCUGAAGGCAGCAUCGCAGAAUAAAAGAAGCAGAAAAUGUAGAAAUGACACUCUGCAGUAAAAGUCUGUGAUUAAAGAGAGCAGCAGGUCGACUCAGAGGUUUUAAAACUCUAAUAUCUAAUAACUUCCUGAUCAUAUUUAUCAAUACUAUUGAUUAAAACCUGCUGGAGUCGACCUGCUGAGCUCCUGCUGUGACGUUUAUCCAAAAACAACCAGAGACUCAGCCUGAAGGGGGCGCUGCCGCCACCGCCCAGGGAAGUUCGACGUACACCGGCGCUAAAUGAUGAUGUCAUUACCAAGCGACAGAGGCCCUCUGAGGGUGGGGGAGGUGGGGAGGGGUGAGGGAGUGAUGCCGUGUUAAGACGUCUUUUGUCGAAGCCUGAAAUCUCUCGAUCUUUCUUUGUGUUUGCUGAUGUUUGCACCUUUUCUGAGACACCUUCAUAUAAACGCAUCAUAUAUUAGAAAACAGUCAUCGCAAAUACGCAGCAGGAUGAAAAAGAUGAUUGAAAAAUAAAAAAAGAACAAUAGAAAA